CCCGGUAGAAUAUGCGUUUGAUUCAAUCAAAAUCAAGGUCGUGGUAUCAAUCGUUCUUUCAUGAUGAAGGGAUCAGCCAAGAGAACAUAAUCAGGCAAUAAAACAUUCGAACGCCACACAUAUUCUUUCAACUCAAUGGUACAAUGAAUCUCAACAUUAAUCAGGGAACGCACGCGAUGCUUCUCAACCCAGCGAACGGCCGAACGCCAUUUUAGCUGUGCGCACAAAGGUGCGCCGUACAUGUGCCCCCGAGUCUCUCUCUAACACCCCUGUAUUGAAAGCCGUGUUUUCAUGUCCCUCUCGCUAAUUUCAUUCGACUUGUUGAUGUUUUGAUUCUUGCGUGAAAAUUCGGAAUAUUAGAUGUCGAGUAAAUUUCAAGGGAUGACAUCAACCAAGAAGAAAGCAAAACUACUGCGAUUGUUGGAAAAAUUCAUCGACAAUCGUGAGAAGACUGCCGAUUCGAUAAUGAAUUUUUCGAUGAAUAAAAAACGGAUAAGACUCUUGUCGAAUGCCAAGGAAGUCGUGAAGGAUUCUAGAGGGAUCUUGUAUUGGAUGUUUCGAGAUCCCAGAGUUCAAGACAAUUGGGCCUUUCUCUACGCACAAAAACUGGCCUUGAAAAAUCGUCUCCCUUUGCAUGUCUGCUACUGCAUUUUACCGAAAUUUCUGGACGCUACAUUGCGUCAUUACAAAUUUCUUGUUGAAUCCUUGGAGGAGGUCUCCACUGAUUGCAAAGAAUUGAAUAUCAAUUUCCAUCUGCUCCUGGGCGAGCCCAACUCGGUCGUCCUGGAUUUUGUUAACAAGCACAGUAUGGGAGCCCUUGUCAUUGAUUUCUUCCCACUGAGACUGCCAAUGUUUUGGGUAGAGGAUAUUAGGAAGAAAUUACCUGAGGAUAUUCCACUCUGUCAGGUUGAUGCUCACAAUGUCGUCCCCUGCUGGCAGGUCUCCGAUAAACUGGAGUACGCAGCUCGCACAAUCAGACCCAAAAUAACUUCGAAACUACCAGAGUAUCUGACAGAGUUUCCUCCGGUGAUAAAACACCCCCACGACAGCGCCUUCAAAUUCCCCAAGAUCGAUUGGAAAAAUUGUCUGAAUCAAGUCCUGAUCGAUAAGACAGUGGAUAAGGUGGAGUGGUGCAAGCCCGGGUACCGAGGGGCUGUGGGACAGCUUGAGACCUUCAUCAGCGAACGUCUCCAGAACUACAACGAGAAGAGGAAUGAUCCUGUGCAGGAUGCCACCAGUGGACUCUCCCCUUGGUUUCACUUUGGCCAGAUUUCUGUGGCCAGAGUCAUCUUGGAGGUCCAAGAACACAAGAAGAACCACCAGGAGUCAGUCAAUUCCUUUAUUGAGGAGGCGGUUAUCAGGAGAGAAUUGAGCGACAAUUUCUGUUUUUAUAAUGAGAAUUACGACAAACUCGAGGGAGGCAAUGCCUGGGCUAUUCAAUCCCUGAAUGCACACAGGGAAGACCGGAGGGAGUGGGUGUACACGUUAGAGGAAUUUGAGAAUUCUCAGACCCACGAGGAUCUGUGGAACGCAGCCCAGAAUCAGCUGGUGAGGGAUGGAAAAAUUCAUGGAUUCAUGAGGAUGUACUGGGCGAAGAAAAUUCUGGAGUGGAGUCCAACGCCUGAGGAUGCUCUAGCCUGCUCAAUCUACCUCAAUGACAAGUACAGUAUGGACGGCCGAGAUCCUAAUGGUUAUGUUGGGUGCAUGUGGUCGAUUUGUGGAGUUCACGAUCAGGGAUGGAAGGAGCGUGAGAUAUUCGGGAAGAUUCGUUUCAUGAACUACAAAGGGUGCGAGAGAAAGUUCGAUGUGAAAGCUUACGUGGAAAAAUUCGAUGGAAAAAUCGUGAACAAGAAGGAACCAGUCGAAAAAAACCUCAAGAAAUCGAAGAAAUAAUUCAUGAAAUAUUGUUCUCCAUUUACUUCACAAUUUGUUUUCUUUGAACACUAUCUGUUAAUGUUACCCAUAUUUUAUUAAAACAUAAAAAAUGCAGAAGCAUUUUAUUUUCAAUAA